UGAUUAUUUUAUUAAAAUUUAUAACCACGUGUGAUAAUGGAAGACACAAGUGUGACUGAACUAGCAAUUAGAGCUACUUCAAGUUAUUUUAAUGAUCUUAUUGAGCUUAUACCAGCCAAAUAUUAUGUAAAAUCAGACUACGAAGACUUUGAAGGAUCGAAUUCUAGAAAAAUGAAACAAAAGAAUCCGAAUAAAAAACUUCUUGUGAAAAAAGCAAAACUAUUUAAAUUAGACCCAACUUUACACAAGUCUAGCUCUGAAUUACAGCUAGAGAUUGAGCAGAAAGAAAAUGAAUUACUCAAAGAUGAUUCCUUUAAUAAUAUUUCAAUCAAACCAAUGAACGUGACAUGUAUUCCUAGCAAACCAUUAGAAGAGCUUAGAGCAAAAUUGCAUGCUAAAGUUGCAUUACUUUCUUCAGAUCGAAAAGUUACAAGUGAAAAAAGUAAAAAGAGACGAUUAGAAAGUAAAGAACAAGAUAAGCUAGCUAAAAAAAGGAAGAAAGACAAUCAAAGUAUAAAACGUAUAAAUGAAAUCGAGGGAAAGUCUGAGAGUUUAACACAAAAAAAUCCAGUUGACUCAAAAGUUAUGUUUAGUAAAUUCGAUUUUGCAGCUCAAAUUAAUGAUGUCCGAAAGAAAAAAAAACAAAAAUCUGAUAAACAAAUACUUGCAAUAGCUGAAAAAAAUAGAGAUAAACUAAUGGAGUUAGAAAGUGAAGAUGCAGAAAAAGCAAGUAUGCUAAAAAAAGAAAUAGCCUGGAAAAAUGCAUUAAAAAAAGCAGAAGGUCAAAAAAUAAAAGAUGAUCCAAAGUUAUUAAAAAAGACAUUAAAGAAAAAAGAUAAACAAAAGAAGAAAAGUAAAUUAGAGUGGAAUGAACGACUUAAAACUGUUGAAAACCAAAAAUUAGAAAAACAGAAAUUAAGAAAGCAACAUAUUCAGGAAAGGAAAGAUGGAAAAAUGGCUAAAAAUAAAAAAAUUAAAAAGAAAUCUAAAAAACCAGGAUUUUAAAUAAUCUAAUGAAAAAAAUGUAUUUUUUCUAGUGUCGAAAUAAAAUUUUUUGUUCAUUUA